UCGCUGCUGGAGCUGGAGAGCGGUUCCGGCGCGCUUCGGCCUCGCUGGCAGCCGGGUGCGGUGGGCUGCGGCCGGCCGCCGGCAGCAUGAGUGUGGUGCGGCGAUGACCGCCGGGAAGGCCGAGGCAUCAUCAAGGGGACCGCCUGGCCGACGGAAGCCCUCAGGCGUGUGUGAGGGUCACGAGGUCACGAGAACGGGUCGGAGCCGUCGGCGAUGCAGGAGCGCAGCGUACAUGGCAGCGGCAGCGAUGACCUGAGAAUGCUGGAGCCGCUGUAUCCGGAGAGGCACUACGACCUGGUGGUGCGGCCGACGGCGGGGGCCGGCGACGACCCGGCCUGCGACUGCGCUGGCCCACCGCCGCCCCAGUUCCUGCUGCCGCCGCCGCCCGUCGACCCGGCCUGGGCCGCCGCCGACGCCGACGUCUGUGAUAUCGUAGCUCCGUAUCAAAUCUGCAGCGGCCUUACCGGGGUGCCUCCCGGCGCGGACCUGCAAGGCUCGCCGUCCAUGUCCAUGCUGGCAGCUCUCAUCACUACCUCGCUUUUUCUUUUCAUUGUUCUGGUGUCUGGAACAAUAUUCUUCUGCAAACACCGGCGCAGACUAAGCGGCAUCAUGUCAGCCAAGGGCGCGGGAAAGCGCGGUGACAACUCCAGGAUGUUGUACGACGACCUGUCGCUGCGCCCGCACGUCAUGCCCAACAACCUAAGGCCGAGCGGACCGCACAUCGAGAGCCGGCAGCUGGAGCACAACGCCGCCGCCGGCAUCAUCGUCAGCAACUUCAGUCUGGCCCUGCAGGACGUGCAGCGGUCCGACUCAGGCGUCUACAUGUGCGUCGGCUUCAACGUCGAGGGCGAUGGCGAGAGCAACCCCAUCUUCCUGGACGUUAAGUGUGACCAAAACAACAUGAACAAAAACAAACGAACGGGGGCACUGUCCCUGUCAGCUCGCAGCAACGGCAAUUGA